UUUGAGAAUCCCAUAAUUUUCCCAUUAUAUUCAGGCAGCCAAUAAGAAAAAAUUUGAGCCUAUCACAUCACUUCAUCUCUUGACAAAUUAGUCAAAUAUCUCCAACGGUAAAUUAAACUUUACUCUCUUUUCUCUCUCUGCCUUACAUUAUUGUCAUCCACUUGUAGAAAAAUUCUCCACUAGAAGAAGAAGAAGAAUCCGAUUCUCAUUCUCUCCUAUCAUCCAUCUUCUCCUUCAAUUUUACCCAACAUGGAAGCCCUAAUUCACCACUUCACUCUCCUCUCCGAUCAAGCCCUUGUCGACAAAACAUUCGACCCUUCCACAAUCGAAGACCUCAUGCGUCUCUUCGAAGUGGAUUCCUACAAGGCCUGGGCAGCUCUCGAAUCCGAGCAGCAACAGGAGCUCGAAUCUGCUGAAGAAUCUCUCCGUGAAGCCGAACUCGAACUCGAUCGGGAUAUGGAGUGGGGAAUGGAGGAAUACAGGAGGACGUUGGAGGAGAUGGAGAGGAUGGAGGCGGCGGAGCUGAAAGAGCUUGAGGAGAAGGCGGAGAUUGCUCGGAGAUCGGGGAAUUUACUGGAGAAAGCCGCAACAAUCGCCGCGAAACGGCAUAUUGCGGCGGCGAUGGGAUCAGCCGCCGCGUCGAUGAGAUCUGCUUGGAAGACUGCAUCUGGGAGUAAAGUUCAUCCUUCUUGAUCGGAUUCUCGAGCCUCAAGUCACGAAUCAGUGUUUAACGAUGAUGAAUGUGAUAAAAAGAUGACAUUACAUGACGAUGAAUAAUCAAAGCAUUGUCCAUGUAGGGGUUUAUUAAUUAGGUGUUGUGUUAUGUUGAUGGUGGAGUAUAAUAGUAUUUUAUUAAAUAAUUAGUUCCUUGAAUAAACUUAUCCGAAGGAAUUACAGUCGAAGGUUUAUGAAAUUAAUAGAUAGUUUUUGUAGUUAAAAAAACUUCUUGUAAUUUGUAACCAGAAUGUUUAUGAAGUUAUUAAAAAAAAAAAGCCAUAAAAUGUGCUAGGUCAUGGGCUUGGAUUUGAUGGUAGAGUUAGAUUUGUCCUGCACAUGGUUUAUGUUUCCGAC